ACUGAUUUAUUUCCGAGAAGGACUACAUAAACUCUUCCGCCGCAAGACCUGAUUGAUUGAUUUCAUUGUUCGAGACAUUUUCUCUGAAAGGAAACAGCUGGAAAAGCAAUGAAAGCGUGGCGAGUUCGGUUUCUGUACUUUCUGGUGUUGAAUGCAGCUGUACAGUAUGUGACGUCUCUGGAAGAAGAGCUCACCGAAUCUAUUUUUGAUAACUUCCUCGACCCCCUGAAAGACUUGUUUAACCACAAGGAUGACAUCAACCAAACCGUCGCCAAAUUCUCCCUCCGAAAACCAUCCCACCCCGAUGAUGACCUAUGCUACAUCGUCCCUGGCAAACCUGACUCCCUGGCAGCCUGCACCUUCAACAGCACCUCCAAGACCUUCCUGGUAAUCCACGGAUGGACGUUGAGUGGGAUGUUUGAGAGCUGGGUGACGAAGCUGGUAUCGGCGCUGUACGACAGAGAGCAGACGGCCAACGUCAUCGUGGUGGACUGGCUCACCUUGGCACAGAAUCACUAUGUGGUCGCAGCUCAGAACACCAAAGAAGUGGGACACGAGAUUGCUCGCUUCAUCGACUGGAUCGAGGAAACCACCAACAUGCCUCUAGAGAACAUCCACCUGAUUGGCUACAGCCUCGGGGCUCAUGUGGCAGGAUUUGCUGGAAGCCACGCAACCAAUAAAGUCGGAAGAAUAACUGGUCUGGACCCAGCAGGCCCUGACUUUGAGGGAGAGCAUGCCCACAGGCGUCUGUCCCCUGACGACGCUAAUUUUGUGGACGUCCUCCACACCUUCACGAGGGGCUCCCUAGGUCUCAGCAUCGGGAUCCAGCAGCCUGUUGGCCAUGUAGACAUUUACCCCAACGGAGGCAGCUUCCAGCCCGGCUGCAACCUUAGGGGGGCCCUGGAGAAGAUCGCUAACGUAGGGUUAUUCGCCAUUACUGAUGCAGUGAAGUGUGAACACGAACGCUCCGUCCACCUGUUCAUCGACUCUCUACUGAACGAGCGGGAAGCAGCCAAGGCCUACAGAUGUGGAAGCAACGACAUGUUUGACCGCGGCAUGUGUCUCAGUUGCCGAAAAAGCCGCUGCAACGCAGUGGGCUACGACAUUAGCAAAGUCCGCAAGGCGCGCAACGUUCAGAUGUACACCAGGACUCGAGCCUCCAUGCCUUUCAGAGUUUACCACUAUCAGCUGAAGAUCCACUUUUCCAGUAAGAUGAAUCGUUCGGAUAUGGAGCCGUCACUCACUGUCUCACUGUACGGAACAAAAGGAGAGGCUGAAAACCUGGACCUGAAACUAAAGGAGAAGAUAGCGACGAAUAAGACCCAUUCAUUCCUGUUAGUGACAGAGAAAGAUAUCGGUGAUCUGUUGAUGUUGAAGUUUAAAUGGGAGGAAACAAAUGGUUGGUCAGCCUCCAACAUGUUAAAGAUGGUUUCAUCUUGGUGGUCCGGUGACUCAGACAGCGCCAACAUGGAGGUUCACAAGAUCCGCAUCCGAGCUGGCGAGACCCAACAAAAGAUGGUGUUCUGUGUAAAAGACCAUGAAGUUCAGAAGUUAACACAAGAGGUCACAUUUGUUAAAUGUAAGAAUGCGUGGAGGACGAACCCAAAACAAUCUCCGAAAAGAUUGACUCUGGAGAAACACUGAGUUUGAGGAAAAUAAUCCAUCGUUGAACGCCCUUCAGUCCCUUUCAGCACUUUUUAAUUUAUACACCUAUAAAAGUAUGUUUGUUAAAAAACAAUAUGUGUGUGAAUACUGUAAAAUAUUUGUGUUAAGAAAAUGUUAUUAUGAUACUAACUAACUUCACUGUUGCACGAGAAAAGUAAAUGCGGUCAUUGGUGCUUUUUUUGUAUUUUAAGAGACGGAUACCAGUCACAUCAGAGCCUCACAUACUGAGGUGUGACUGACUGGAUUUACCUUAAUAGUUCUGGAGGGUACUGAUGUCCCAUUGGGUAAAAUAAGUUAAAUUUCAUAAAGCGGCCACUAUGUUCAUGGAUGUCUGCAGGCACUUGGCAAAAUAACCGUUAAGAUUACUUUCUUAAGGUUUUUAUUGCAAUAGGGUACAGUUUAUUUAUGUAUUAUCUAACUGACCGAGCAUUCACCACUGUGGCUCACUGCACUGUAUGUGACUGUGGGACCUGUAACAGUGUGCCUUACUGUAGAGUGGCUGCUGCAAAUUGAACUUGUCUUAACUUAGUUGCUGUUUUUCACCUCAGUGUACUUUAUUAUUGUUAUUCUAUUUUUGAAACAUCUGAACUUUAUAAAGUUGUUUUAAACACUGCUACCCCUUUGUAAAAUGUUACUUUGAAACUGUUAUCUCAAAGAAGCAACUGACAUUUUGUCCAUCAUAGCUCUAUUAAAGUUAUUUAAACGUUUUAUUGAGGCUCAGUGUGAGAAAACACAGUUAGUAUCACUGUAGUCCUUUUUGUUGUACUGUCCAUUACAAGUCUCUCUUGACUGCAGUUUCUUCUGUGCAUUUCACUUUUUAAAUCCUGACGAAUGCCCUUUUGUUCAUACUUAAAUUUCCAGUUCUGUGUGCAAAAUCCAAAGUACUGGAAUCAUCGUGACUUCAUCCACACCUACUUUAGCAAUGUAGAAAUGUUUUUUGCACUGAAAACAAGGGAGAUCGCUAAACCAAGUUACUUGUAGAGUUAUGUAAAUACCUUAAUACAGAUGUUUGAUUUAGUUGUAUGAAACACUGUAAGUUAUAUAUUUUUACGUCUGGAUGAAUUUAAUCUGUAAAAUGUGCAUUUCUAUCAAUGCAUUUUGUAUAAAUUUGUAAAUAUUCAUUGUACUGUAUAAAUUCUUUAAUAAACCAAAACUGCCCCCUGGGUGGUCACCCUGA